AUGGUGUGCAUUCAAUGGCUCCAUAUUAUUCUUAAUUUAUCUGGAGAUAUUCAUCCGAAUCCUGGUCCAUCAUCAACAAAUUCAUCAACUGCAUCAUUGUCCACUACGUCGUCUAUGUCUUUGGAUCUAGUAAGUCUAAUGUCGUCAACUUCAUGUUUAUCUGUACUACAAUAUAAUGUCCAAAGCCUGCUUGGCAAAAUAGAAAUUCUAACCACUGAAUUUAGUAUGUUCGAUGUUCUUGCGUUUUCAGAAACGUGGCUAAAUCCCAGCGUUUCAAAUUCUGAUAUAUCUAUACCAUGUUUUCAUUCUCCAGAAAGAAAUGACAGGAUAGGUGACAGUCAUGGUGGGGUUUCUGUAUACAUUAAGAAUUCACUAUUUUACAAACGGCGGUGGGAUCUCGAACCUAGAAAUAUAGAAUGUGUAUGGGUUGAAAUUUUAUUAUCUCAAUCUAAACGUAUUCUGUUUGGUACUUUUUAUCGACCUCCCAAUGCAGAUGCACAUUAUACAACUCUUAUCGAACACUCUCUUAACUUGGCAGAAGAAACAAAUAUAACAGAUAUAAUUGUAACUGGAGACUUUAACUUUAAUCCAUCUAAUCCGACAUUAUCACGCAAACUUCUUUCAAUUUGUCAACAAUUUCACCUUGAACAACUCAUAAACGAACCUACACAUUUUACCGAGUCGUCAGCAUCUGUUUUAGAUCUCUUUCUUGUUUCUUGCAGUCACCGAGUAAUAACAUCAGGUGUUGGGGAAUCAGUUUUGGACCAAAACAUUCGCUUCCACUGCCCUAUUUUUGCUCUUUUUUCCUUUUCUAAACCUAAAUCAGGAUCUUUCAAGCGUUUCAUAUGGUUAUAUGAUCGCGGCAACUACCACGCUCUGAAACAAAGUAUUAUGCAAACUGACUGGGAUCAAUAUACAAACACCGACAUAGAUGAACACGCAACUUUAGUAAGCAACAAAAUUCUCGAACUUUCAAAGCAGUACAUACCUACAAGAACAAUAAUAGUAAAACCGACUGAUGCAGUAUGGAUAACGACACAAAUCAAACAGCUUAUUCGUAAACGCAAAAAACUUUAUCACAGAGCCAAACAAACCCAAAAUCCUUUGCACUGGCACUCAUUCAAAAAAUUACGUAAUAAAGUCAUCUCACUUAUUCACACGGCCAAACGUAACCACAUCCAGAAACUAGCAGACUCUCUUACAUCAGACAACACAUCGCAGAGAGACUGGUGGAGACUCAUUAAAUCAUUCAUAUCACCGACUGAAAAGCAAACAAUUCCGGCACUCUCUCACCCAGUUACUCAAACACUUUCAUAUGAUAACAAAUCAAAAUCUGACUUAUUAAACAACUAUUUUAGCAACCAGUCCUCUCUUGAAAACUGUAAUAAAGAAGUUCCUGGCGAUUUUUUGAACAAUCUGUGA